AGCAGAACUGGCUGAUUGUGCAGCAGUCGUCAUGAAUAGGCACAGGGUCAUCUGUUUCUUAACACAUGUAUAAGAUAAAAAGGUUCAGACAAGGAACUGGAUGGUAUUUUCUGACAAAUGGAGAACUAUUUCCAAGCAGAGGCAUAUAACCUCGAUAAGGUUUUAGAUGAAUUUGAACAAAAUGAAGAUGAUGCUGUUUCACCUACAUUAUUGGGUGCAAAGUGGAAUCAGGUUCUAGAUCCCCCUUCUCAUCGGCUGUCAUGUAAUCCAGCUCUGUCCAGCGUGCAUGAAGCUUCAAUUCCUAAUGAGUGUCAACAGAGAUUAAAGUCUUUCUCCCUGACCCAUUCAACCACCACUCCAACCGGAGGAGAGGGGGAUCAUUGUGCUAAUGGAAUGGAUCUUAGUAUAAAUCCAGAGACCCCAACUGUGUGGAUUGAUGAUCAGGCAAAAGCAGAUGAUCAUUUAAUGAAGAGAAAUAGUAAUCAGGAUGAUCAGUGUAAUGCUAUGGAAACAGGAGAAAGGAAAUGUGGAAAUCCAGCCUGCUUGCCAGAAGAGAAGAAUGUUCUAGUAGUGGCAGUCAUGCAUAACUGCGACAGAAGGACUCUACAAAGUGGCAAUUUGCUGGAUUAUAAAAAUUACAGCACUCAGUCCUUAAUGGACACUAUUAGCUUUACACUGGAUAAUGAAAACCGACAGAAUGAUCAGUUUGGUGUUACUGUAAAUGGAUCCACUGAAAAAGAUACAGAUACAGAAAAGCAAGGAGUACAGUUAGAUCGGCUGUAUGCUGAGGCUGACUCUGUUAGCCAUUUGAUUAAUACUUCAUCUGAUAGUCUGUCCAAUGCAUGCCUCCCCCAUCAAUUAAAGGAUGAUUUUAAUAUUAAUAGAGACUCUCUGUUCUCAGAGUCUACAAUUGCAGGGAUUAAUGCAGUGACCUUAUUGCAGAGACCAGUUGAUGGUACUGUUAAAACACAAGAGAGUUGUGCAUCAGUUGAGGAUUUUAUUAGCAGAGCAAUUACUCAAAGAAAAGAUUUGGAAGCUAAAAAUUCUUCUCCUAGUUCAAGUAAUGGAAGCUUCAUGAUAGAGGAAACUGUAGAAGAACAAACAUCUCAACUGUAUCAAUCUGGGCUACCUGUGCUCUCUCAAACUUGUCAGCCUAAUAUGUCUGAAAGUGGCAAUUACAGUGAACGCUUUGAAGAACGUAUUACUUCUGAGGAUGUUAGUGGUGUGGAAAGUGAAGUCAGUGAAUGUGACAACAUUCUCAGCACAACUGAAUCACUCAGUGGGGCAGAGUGUUUCCCUGAAUCUCAGGAGAUGACUAAUUGGGAAUUGACUAAACUGAAUAAUAAGCAAAAUCAUGGAGAGAAUGAAAGACUUUUGCAGAUGAAAGUGCCUGAGGAGGCUUGUAGUAAUAGUGGGAAAGAUGGAGAUGGGAUGAUGGAAGCAGGCAUGGACAUAAAGGGGAUUUAUAUAGAUGAGCUUGAAGGGUCCAGUCUCUCUGAUGUUAUGGGUACAUCAUCAGCAAGCUCUCUGUCUAAUGGUUGUGAUUCCUAUGGAAUGCAGAACCCAAUUGUUGCUCAUAUUCCAAAGACUUUACCCUCCAAGGAAGACUCAGUGACAGAGGAAAAGGAGAUAGAGGAGAGCAAGUCAGAAUGUUACACUAAUGUUUAUGAACAAAGAGGAAAUGAGGCUGCUGAUGGGAGUGGUCUCAUUUUAAACAGCACUGGUGACCAAAUGAAGAAAAAUUAUGUACAUAAUCUCUGCAGUCAGGUACCAUCUCUGCACGGGCAAACAUUACCAAAACCAGUAACUAACCUGCAACCUAUCAGUGUUCCAUUUGGUGGUGCAAGACCCAAACAACCUACAAAUCUUAAAUUGCAAAUUCCAAAGCCAUUAUCGGACCAUUUACAAAAUGACCUUGUUCCCCCAAACUGUGGAGGUAAUACUAAAAAUAAAAAUGAUGUCUUUGGUAAAGCAAAAAUAGGGGAAACCUUGGCAGCAGAUAUGUUUCCUGAUGAGAAAUCGUUAAAUGCCUCCAUUGCUGAUACCACUGGGGAACAUUUAGAAGAGUAUGAGUCUGGGGUCUCUAGUAGUCCGUGCCUUGCAGUAGCCCCAGAUAGUCCAGAUAAUGAUCUCAGAGCUGGUCAGUUUGGAGCUCCCACCAGAAAGCCAUUUACUACUUUAGGUGAGGUGGCUCCAGUUUGGGUUCCAGAUUCUCAAGCACCAAACUGCAUGAAAUGUGAGGCCAGAUUUACAUUCACCAAAAGGAGGCAUCAUUGCAGAGCAUGUGGGAAGGUUUUCUGUGCAGCAUGCUGCAGUCUGAAAUGCAAGUUGCUGUACAUGGACAGAAAAGAAGCCAGAGUGUGUGUAAUCUGUCAUUCAGUACUAAUGAAUGCUCAAGCCUGGGAGAACAUGAUGAGUGCCUCAAGCCAGAGUCCUAACCCUAACAAUCCUGCUGAAUACUGUUCUACUAUCCCUCCCUUGCAGCAAGCUCAGGCCUCAGGAGCCCUGAGCUCUCCACCUCCCACUGUGAUGGUACCUGUGGGAGUUUUAAAGCACCCUGGAGCAGACAUGGCUCAACCCAGAGAACAAAGACGUGUUUGGUUUGCUGAUGGGAUAUUACCUAAUGGAGAAGUUGCUGAUGCAGCAAAAUUGACAGUGGCUGGGACGACUCCUACAGGAACCCUAGCAGUGUCUCAUGAUCCAACCAAGCCUGUGACCAACAGCACUUUAUCAGUAGAGACUGAUAACACUUCUGGAUUCUCGGGCAGUAUAACUCAGGUUGGCAGUCCAGUUGGCAGUGCGAUGAACCUGAUCCCUGAAGAUGGUCUUCCUCCAAUUCUGAUCUCCACUGGAGUAAAAGGAGACUAUGCUGUAGAAGAAAGACCUUCUCAGAUCUCUGUGAUGCAGCAGCUGGAAGAUGGCAGCCCUGACCCUCUUGUGUUUGUUUUAAAUGCAAAUUUGCUGUCCAUGGUUAAAAUUGUGAAUUAUGUGAACAGGAAGUGCUGGUGUUUCACUACAAAGGGAAUGCAUGCAGUGGGGCAGUCGGAGAUAGUGAUUCUCCUGCAGUGUUUACCUGAUGAGAAGUGUUUGCCGAAGGAUAUCUUUAAUCAUUUUGUGCAACUUUAUCGGGACGCCUUGGCAGGUAAUGUCGUGGGCAGCUUGGGACACUCCUUUUUCAGCCAGAGUUUUCUUGGCAGUAAGGAACAUGGUGGAUUUUUAUAUGUGACGUCUACAUAUCAGUCACUGCAGGACCUGGUGCUCCCAACUCCGCCCUACUUGUUUGGAAUUCUUGUUCAGAAAUGGGAGACUCCCUGGGCUAAAGUGUUCCCCAUCCGACUGAUGCUGAGACUUGGAGCUGAAUACAGACUUUAUCCAUGCCCACUUUUCAGCGUCAGAUUUCGUAAGCCAUUGUUUGGGGAGACUGGACACACAAUUAUGAAUCUUCUUGCAGACUUCAGAAAUUACCAGUAUACAUUGCCAGUGGUCCAAGGUUUAGUGGUUGAUAUGGAAGUGAGAAAAACCAGCAUCAAAAUCCCCAGCAACAGAUAUAACGAGAUGAUGAAAGCCAUGAACAAGUCUAAUGAGCAUGUUCUAGCCGGGGGAGCAUGCUUCAAUGAGAAAGCAGACUCUCACCUAGUGUGUGUCCAGAAUGAUGAUGGGAACUACCAGACGCAGGCCAUCAGUAUUCAUAAUCAGCCAAGAAAGGUGACUGGUGCCAGCUUCUUUGUGUUCAGUGGAGCUUUAAAAUCCUCUUCGGGCUACCUUGCCAAGUCCAGCAUCGUGGAAGAUGGUGUAAUGGUCCAGAUAACUGCUGAGAACAUGGACUCCUUGAGGCAGGCUCUGAGAGAGAUGAAAGACUUCACUAUUACUUGUGGCAAAGUAGAUGCUGAAGAGCCUCAGGAACAUGUUCAUAUUCAGUGGGUGGAUGAUGACAAAAACUUUAACAAGGGUGUUAUAAGCCCCAUUGAUGGCAAAUCCAUGGAGUCUAUAACCAGUGUGAAGAUAUUUCAUGGCUCGGAGUAUAAAGCAAAUGGAAAGGUCAUUAGGUGGACGGAGGUGUUCUUUCUGGAGAAUGAUGACCAACAUAAUGGUCUAAGUGACCCAGCAGAUCAUAGCAGACUGACUGAGAAUGUGGCCAAGGCUUUCUGUUUAGCUCUCUGUCCUCACCUUAAGUUAUUGAAGGAAGAUGGAAUGACUAAGCUAGGUCUGCGUGUUACACUUGACUCGGAUCAAGUUGGCUAUCAAGCUGGGAGUAAUGGACAGCCACUGCCCUCUCAAUACAUGAAUGACCUGGACAGUGCCUUAGUUCCAGUGAUUCAUGGAGGAGCAUGUCAGUUGAGUGAGGGGCCAGUCAUAAUGGAGCUCAUCUUUUAUAUUCUGGAAAACAUCUCAUAAGAGGACUUCAUUUUCUGUUCAGACCUGUUCCAGCAGCAGUUGUAUCUGAAUCAUUUGCACUUUAAAACUGGAAGAUUAAGCUUUUGUUAACACUAUUGGGGGGCGGGGGGGGGAGUUGUUCCAUAAUUCUAAAUCUUCUAUGCAUUGUCAACAAACAGAGGAUCAGGGCAGCUUCUAUACUACAAAAUGUCUAUGCUAUCCUUGCAGCUCAUACAGUUCUGUUACUGUUUAGAAAAAUAAUGCUCAUAUUUAAAGACUUAAUUACAGUCAUGUACUCUAAAUGCUCAAACGGGUGCAAAGAUCACUGGGGCGUAAAUAAAAGAUGAAAUGUCAAAUUUGUACUGUUUGUAGAUGGACAUGUAAGAAGAAACAAUCAAGACCUCCAUUCUGACCUCAUCAUAAUGCCAUUUGUGGUUAUUCUGUAGACAUUAAAAAGUAAUGUUUACAUUAUUUUGACCAGAUUAUUGGUUGAAGUAUAUCAGAGACACUUUAGGAUAUGCCUAGAGAGAUGCAUGGAAAGGUUACCUAGCCAAAAAAAAUGGCAUAUGUGGCUGACCAAUCAUUCAGUCUGAAUGAAAGAAAGGGCAUAUCUCGGACAGUGGUAUAUAAUUUAAACUUGCAGUUUUGUGUGUAUAUUAGGCUAGUAUACUUAUUUUUUCC